AGACUGCGGACAUAGUACAGGAGAUGACCAGAGACUGCGGACACAGUACAGGAGAUGGACUGCGGACAUAGUACAGGUGAUGACCAGAGACUGCGGACACAGUACAGGAGAUGACCAGAGACUGCGGACAUAGUACAGGAGAUGACCAGAGACUGCGGACACAGUACAGGAGAUGACCAGAGACUGCGGACAUACUACAGUACAGGAGAUACCAGAGACUGUGGACAUAUUAGGUAAGCCCUGGGGCAUUCAUGAGGGAGGAGGAUCUGAGCUAAAGACAUAU